AUGUCCUCAAAACACUUCAUCAACGACCCCACACAUCUGGUCUCUAGUGCUCUUGAGAGCAUAACUCUUACCAACCCGAACACCGCACUCGACUCAAAGAACAAGAUCGUUUACCUGCGUCCCGAUGCCGCAAAAUCUCAGGUCUCGAUCGUAUCUGGCGGAGGGUCAGGACAUGAACCUUCCUUUGCGGCGUUUGUUGGCCCAGGAUUGUUGAGCGGUGCUGUCGCUGGUACCAUCUUCGCUUCCCCCUCAGCUGAGCAAGUUCGGAAAUGUAUCCUCGAACGCGUUGAUACUAGUAAAGGUGUCCUCGUCGUGGUGAUGAACUACACUGGCGAUGUGCUAAACUUCGGUAUGGCCGUCGAGAAGGCAAAAGCUGCCGGUAUUGAUGCAAGACAAGUUGUCAUGGGUGAUGACGCUGGCGUUGGGAGGGCCAAGGGCGGUAAGGUUGGUCGAAGAGGAAUUGCUGGUACCGUUCUCAUCCACAAGAUUGCUGGAGCCCUUGCGGCGACAGGCGCUAGUCUGGAUGAUGUUGAGAAAGCAGCAAAAGUUGUUGCUGACAACACUGUCUCGAUCGGUUCAUCUCUUGACCACGUGCACGUCCCCGGUCGCAAAGAGGUCGAUGGUGAAAGUUUGAAAAUGGAUGAGGUCGAAAUCGGAAUGGGCAUUCACAACGAACCCGGAUCGGAAAUCACGACAGCUCAGCUGCCAGAGACUGUCAACACCAUGCUGCGGUAUAUGCUGGACUCCAAGGAUGAAGACAGAGCUUUCUCAAAUAUCACACAAUCGGAUGAGACGGUAUUGCUAAUCAACAACCUUGGUGGCGUCAGCAUUCUCGAAUUAGGGGGCAUCACGACAGAAGUCGUCUCGCAGCUCGAGAAGAACUACGGCAUAAAGCCCGCACGGAUCCUAGCGGGCACUUUCAUGACUUCUCUCAACGGUCUUGGCUUUUCCAUUUCUCUGUUAAAGGUAACAGACCUUGGGGUCGGGAAGUCGAUCCUCGAACUUCUAGACGCCCCAUCCGAGGCAGCCGGCUGGUCCGCGGCGAUCAGCACUCAAACCUGGUCAAAUAAGCCAUCGCAGACGCGUGAGGACGGCGCGAGCAAGAGGAUUGAGAAUAAGCCAUGUGGUAUCAAUAUCGAUCCCGCACUAGCAAAACGGGGGCUCAAUAAGGCUCUCGACCGAGUCAUUGCAGCUGAACCAGACGUGACCAAGUACGAUACUGCUGUCGGCGAUGGCGAUUGCGGUAUAGGGUUAAAGCGUGGCGCCGAAGGCAUCAAAGCACACCUCGAAUCGRCUCCGGACGAAAAGGAUGCGGCUCUAUUCGUGGAUGGCAUCGUCUCGGUUGUAGAGAACGACAUGGACGGUACUUCCGGAGCGUUAUAUGCCAUCUUCCUGAACGCAGUCGCCUACGGCUUGCGGUUGCAAAGUGGUGAUGGAAAUAGCUCGGCGGAUCCUCAAGUAUGGGCAAAGGCGCUUGGAACUGCGAUGGAAAUUCUGGGGAAGUACACCCAAGCUAAACCUGGCGACCGUACUCUGGUGGAUGCGCUAUCACCGUUUGUAGAGCAGCUGACCAAAACUUCGGAUGUGCAAAAGGCAGCCCAGGCCGCCGAUGAAGGAGCGAAAAAGACCAAGGGGAUGCAAGCAAGUCUCGGACGGACAGUAUACGUCGGAGGUAGUGGAUACCAAGAGGUUCCAGAUCCAGGCGCACACGGCCUUGCAGAGUUUUUCUCGGGUCUGGCUGAGGCAUUGAAGUGA